AGAAAAUAAUAAAAUUAUUGUCUUUCAGCAAGACAAAAUCAUUUCAAAUGUGAACGUGUUGAAGUUAAGACGUUUCGUUGGAAGUUCUUGAAAAAAAUUCUUGUGUGUGUGUUCUAAAGAAAACGGUAGCAAAAUAUUAUUAAAUUCUAAAAAAAAGAAUAUUUAAACCAAAAAAUUAAAAUAUAAAAAUAUCAAGAAAUCAAUAUAAAAUAUUGGUGGCUAUUUGUUGUGUGCGCGCUUUAUUGUUUGUGUUGUUUUAAUUUUCUAAGUAAAAGUGAAUGAGUUUUACCGCCAGAAUGCCACCCAAUCAUCAAUUUAUGCUUAAUUCUUUACCUAUGGAACCCGUAUCGCGUACUUAUCAGUAUCGCAAGAUUAUGAAGCCCAUGUUAGAGCGUAAACGACGUGCUCGGAUUAACAAGUGUUUGGAUGAGUUAAAGGAUUUAAUGACCGGCACCUUACAAGCGGAUGGUGAAAAUGUUUCCAAACUCGAAAAGGCCGAUAUACUCGAAUUAACCGUAAGACAUUUGCAACGUUUGCGAGAAAAAAAUGCUCUAUUCGUACGUCAUAAUGAAUCAUUAAAUAUGGAGAAAUUUUGGUCUGGUUUUCAGCAUUGUGCCGCCGAAGUAUCACAAUUUCUUAAUAAAUACGACCAACAAAUAAGUGGAGAAUUAAUACAACAUAUCAGCAGCUAUGUGCCAAAUAUUAGAGCAACACCAGGUGGAGCAGUAACCUCAAACUCAGCAAUAGUAAAUAGUAGAGUAGGCAACUUUUUUACAGCUCCCAGAGCAGUAAUAAGCCGAGAAUUGACAGCAUAUAACCAAAGAAUACCAUAUAAUAAAAUAACAGUGGGGCAAAUGCCCAUCAUGCCCAUAAAUUCUCAUAAUAUGCAUAGUAAAGAAGAACCACAGAUGCCAUAUGAAAUGGGUAGAGAAAUGAAAAAAGAACUGGUAGAGGAGGGUAACAGUGUAUGGAGACCCUGGUAGAUGUUUUUUUCUUUUUGCCAAAAUAAAAUGUAUUUUAAAGAAUAAAUAAAAGAAAACUAAUUUUUAAAUUUAUUGUUAAAUAUAAUUACAUUUAAAUUUACGUGUAAAACAUGCUAAGGACUAAAGCUUUAAUUAUAUGUAUUUAAUUUUAACUUAACUUACUACCAAGUAGUUGUUCUAUAUUUAAUUUAAAUACUUUUUCACUC